AUGUCGGAGACCGCCAUCGAAACUGAACAAAAUGCAACAAAAAACAACGACAAUGAACCAUCAUCAACUAAUGGUACUGAUACGGAAAAGACAUCCCCAAAUGAACCAAUGGAUCAACAAACAAUAGAUUCAGGAAAAGUCAAUAAUGAUGCAACAACAAAUGGUGAUAACGAAAAAGACGACUCAGUGCAUAAUAAACAAAAGCCUGAUUUAUCAACAUUACCAACACGUGCAUAUCUUGAUCAAACUGUUGUACCUAUACUUCUUCAAGCUAUGUCGCAGCUUGCACGCGAUCGUCCAGCUAAACCUAUUGAACAAUUGGCUUUAUAUUUACAACAGAAUAAAGAAAAAUAUGGCGAAUAA